ACUAAAUUAUUCAAGAAUUAGGAAUAUGAAAUCUUAACGACCGAAACAACUCGGAAAAAGUGAAGGCCCAUAUUGUCACCUAAACUUUGUAUAAAAAUGUCCUUCUUUCCCGAACCAGACACAAAAGAUAUUUGAAUACAAGCUUUUCCCAAAUUCCAAAAACUCACAUUCCCAUUUACAACUUCCAAAUCUGUGAGAAACCCCUUAGACUUUGGUUCAUAAUUUCUGCUCCAAUGGAUACAAUAAAAUCUUUCAAAGGCUAUGGCAAAGUAGACGAGGUUGAAGAACAAGCUUUCAGGAAAAAAAACCGUAAGCGUCUCAUUAUCCUUAUUGUCUCUGCCAUUCUCUUCCUCAUUGCAGUAGUUGGCAUAGUUAUUGGAACUGUGGUUCACAAAAACAACAAAAAAGACGAUGAUUCUAAGCAAAUCCCUUCAAGUGCCCAAUCUUUAGAAGCUCUAUGUAGCUUAACUGAGUACAAAGAUUCGUGCAUAUCAAGCUUAUCAGCCUCAGAUAUCACUGACCCAGAAGCGCUAUUUGUACUUUCUUUGAAAAUCGCGAUGGGUUCAGUCACAAAUCUAUCUUCUGUACCGCAAAAUUGGUCGAAACUGACUAAAGAACCCAAAGUACAACGCGCAUUGAAGGUCUGCGAGACUGUAUUUGAUGAUGCAGCUGAUAAACUCAUCGAGUCCGUUGAAUCAAUGAAAGUGAACGGAGGCGAAAAACUGCUUUCAGGGCCAAAAAUUGAUGACCUGAGAACUUGGUUGAGCUCGACGCUUACCGAUCAGGAGACAUGCUUGGACGCACUGGAAGAAAUGAAUGCCACAUUCGUGAACGACGCCAAGCUUUUGAUGAAGAACUCGACUGAGUUUACCAGCAACAGUUUAGCUAUUGUGGCCAACAUUUUGGGAAUUCUAGGUCGGUUCAACAUUCCGAUUCAUCGGAAAUUGUUAAGCAAUGAGGAGUUCCCUGAAUGGGUCGCGGUAGGUGACAGGAGACUUAUCCAGGAGGUUAAUCCGAAACCUGAUGUGACAGUAGCGAGUGAUGGAUCAGGAGAUGUUAGGACUAUUGGAGAGGCAGUGAAAAAGGUGCCGAAAAAGAGCAAAACAAGAUUCGUGAUAUAUGUGAAGGCAGGUGAAUAUGUUGAAACAGUGAGAAUGGAUAAGUCUCUUUGGAAUGUUAUGAUGUAUGGAGAUGACAAAACGAAGACCAUUAUUUCUGGCAGCUUGAAUUUCAUCGAUGGAACUCCCACCUUUGAGACGGCCACAUUUGCUGUUGCUGGUAGAGGAUUCAUCGCCAGAGACAUAGCAUUCAAGAACACAGCUGGAGCAGCAAAGCACCAGGCCGUGGCUAUGCGUUCAGGGUCCGAUCAAUCUGUCUUUUAUCGAUGCUCCUUCGAUGGCUUCCAGGACACCCUCUAUGCUCACUCCAACCGUCAAUUUUAUCGGGAAUGUGACAUUACAGGCACAAUCGAUUUCAUCUUUGGUAACGCUGCGGUUGUUUUCCAAAGUUGUAAAAUCCGGCCCAGACAACCAUUGCCCAAUCAGUUUGUCACCGUGACAGCCCAAGGCAAAAAAGACCCAAAUCAGAACUCAGGCAUGUCGAUUCAAAAGUGUGAUCUUUCGCCAUUGGAUGCUCUCACGGCUCCAACAUACUUGGGCCGGCCCUGGAAGCAAUAUUCCACUACAGUGAUUAUGCAGUCGACUAUUGGUUCAUUUUUGCAUCCACUAGGUUGGAUUGAAUGGGUCAAAGGUGUAGAGCCAGCCAGCACCAUUUUCUAUGCCGAGUACGCGAACACCGGCCCAGGCUCAUCUGUGGCCCAAAGGGUCAAAUGGGCCGGCUAUAAGUCCAGCAUUACCCCAGCCCAAGCGGCCCAGUACACCGUACCGUCCCUCAUACAAGGCGAUACUUGGUUGCCAGCGACGGCUGUGGUCUUUGAUUCUACCUUGUAGACAUAAAUAUGGACUAAAUUAAGACAGGUUUGCUUCGCUAGGAGUGAUAAAUCAGUUACUGUAUUUUGCAAACCAACUACUAUUAUGUGUAUUCUUUUUCUGGCAAUAAUAUUCUUUUAACCCCAAGUAGGAGUAUGUAAUUUUUUACAAGUCUUGUGAACAGAAUGACCAACUUCGAGACAAGUCGUCAACAAAGGAAGGCUCCACAGUUGUCAUA